UAUUACUCUUCCGGCUCAGACAAAAAUAGAGAGAGAGAGAGAGAGAGAGAGAAAAUGGAGGAGAUUCAGCAGAAGCUCCUAAAAGCAGCAAUUGAGGGGGACACACCAUUAUUGGUGGAAAUACACACACAAAACCCACUGAUUCUGAAUAGAGUAACAGUGGGUUGUUUCGAUGAGACUCCUCUUCAUGUGGCCGCGUUGCGUGGGCAUGUUGAAUUCGCAAGAAAACUCGUGAGUCUAGAUUCAGAGCUUGCUCAAGCUUUAGAUUUCCAAGGAUCGUCGCCUCUUCACUUGGCAUCGGCUAAAGGCUACAUCCAGAUUGUAAAGCUACUGGUAGCUGCAAAACCUGAGAUGUGCAAGGUUCUAGAUCGGGAUGGUUUCAACCCUCUCCAUCUAGCAGCCAUAAAGGGCAAGGUCGAGGUGUUGAGAGAGUUGGUUGGAAAGAUGCCCCAAGCGGCUCUACCCAAACUCAACCACCAGCAGACCAUACUACAUCUGUGUGUGAAGCACUUUCAGAUGGAUGCUCUCAAGCUGUUAAUGGAGGAGACAGACGACGUUCAGAUUCUGGGAUUGGUCAAUGCUACUGAUGACUAUGGCUACACCAUACUCCAUUUAGCUGUGGCCGAUAAACAAAUCCAGAUUGUAAAAUAUCUUGCUAGCAGAGUAGAUGUAAACGCAAUAAAUGCAAAUGGGCUCACGGCAUUGGACAUUCUAAGUCAGAGCCGAAAAGGGGUGGAGGAUUGGGAGAUUGGAAACUCUCUCCAAGAAGCCGGAGGAUUAAAAGCUGCAGAUAUUCCCUUGUCUGGUAAUGGAAAUAGAUCUGCAAGGCCAAGCAAUAUGCUCUCCAUUGUACAUGACCAAAGCAGGACACCAUUGGCCGCACAAACAAGUAAUAAGUUGCGUAGUCAGACAGCUGCUGCAACAUUGCCUUCAAAUGGGAGUAAUAAUGCACAAAUCCCCUCAUUUCUGCGUCAUGACACUGCAAGAUCAUCUGCCCAAGGGGAUCAAUCGAAGCACAAGCUCAAUGACCAGGGUCAGUGGUUGGCAAAGAAAAGGGAUGCAUUAAUGGUGGUCGCAUCACUUCUUGCAACAAUGGCUUUUCAAGUAGGGGUGAAUCCCCCAGGUGGUGUUUGGCAAGAUGAUAAACCUGUAGAUUCCCAAGUCCAAGGCCAGCCAGUACAAUUUCAACACAGAGCGGGAGAAGCUGUGGUUGCGUAUCAUUAUGAAGAUUCAUAUAAAUAUUACCUUCGUGCCAACACCAUAGGUUUUGUUGCGUCGCUGAGCACAAUCUUGUUUCUUAUAAGCGGGUUGCCCUUCAAGCGCAAGACGUUUAUGUGGAUUUUGAUGGUGAUCAUGUGGUUGUCAAUUACAUCCAUGGCAUUUUCUUAUGGAUAUUCUAUAGUUGCGGUCACUCCUAUAAAGGACAGGGAUGCACUCCGACGCACAAUGUUGGUUGCAAUUCCAGUGUGGUGUGGAGUUAUGGGGCUCCUGUUCCUUGGCCACACUCUUCGCUUGACAGAGAAGUGGUUGAAGAAAAAGGGGAAAUCUAUGUGGGAACCAGUUAGAAAUUUCUUUAGGAACCAAUCCAAUCCCAAAGCCAUUGAAGUUGUUUAAAUUCGGAUGACCAAGCUCGCAUUAUUGAUUUCUCUCUCUGAAACUCUGAAAAGAUCUUGUAUUGCACUAUGUUUUCUAAUCAUUUUUAUUUGUGCAUGAAAUAUGAAUUGCAAUUUGAAGGAUUAUUUGUAUGCUUCUUCUGUAUUAUUUUAUUAGUAUGUUAAAAUUGAACUCAAAUCAAUAUUAAUAUUUUGCAGUACUUCA